AACGAUUGAACCAAAGAUUGAACGGUGAGCCAUUCACACCAAGGGACUGCACUCCCACUUCACGUUCAAGGCGCCCUGGUCAAAGAACAUCUUUACGGCGAAAUUCACUUUGCUGUGCACGAAACGUCUACUGUAAAGGAUGAAGAUCCUUGGCAUAGAAUUUGCUCCUCUGGACAUCCCAAUGCAGCGUCGUUUACAAACCCUGGCAGUUGUGCACUACACAUAUAUUUUUCUUUUUAUGGGUUUUGGAUUGCUGUUCUUCUUUCUGUACCUGCUUUUCACAGACUACUAUUACAUUCCUCUCCUUUAUGCCUUGUGGUAUUACUAUGACCGACACACAUCUGAGAGGGGUGGACGACGAUCACAGUGGGUUCGAGAGUGGCCAUUCUUCAAAUAUUUUGCAGAAUAUUUUCCGAUCAGUCUCAUCAAGACAGCAGAUCUUUCUCCUGCAAAGAACUAUAUUUUUGGCUUGCAUCCUCAUGGCAUCAUGUGUCAUAGUCAUUUUUGUAACAUGGGUUCUGAGGGAACAGGUUUCAGCCUAAAGUUUCCUGCUAUCCGCCCAUACCUGUGUGUUUUAUCUGGACAGUUUAUGUUUCCAGUCUUCAGGGAGUACUUUCUUCUCUCAGGUGCUGUUGAAGUGUCCAAAGCCAGCAUUGAAUGGAUCCUGACAAAAGAAGGGACAGGAAAUGCAGUAGGAAUUAUUAUUGGAGGAGCUGUUGAAGCUUUAGACGCUGUUCCUGAUCGCUAUGUUGUUAAUCUGAAAAAUCGAAAGGGCUUUGUUCGACUGGCACUAAAACAUGGUGCUAGUCUUGUGCCUGUAUUUUCCUUUGGUGAGAAUAACAUCUACACCCAAGUCUCCAAUCCAGAAGGGUCAAGGCUUCGCCGUUUUCAGCUUUUUCUGACACACCGGUUGGGAUUUUCUCCACCCAUUUUCCAUGGACGAGGAAUUUUCAAUUACACUUUUGGGCUGCUACCUUUCCGACGACCAAUUUACUCUGUUGUUGGAAAACCGAUUGAUGUGAUUAAAAGACAAGAACCUACAGAAGAGGAAGUGGAUAAGCUGCACAAGCAAUACAUGGAUGCAUUGAAUGAGCUCUUUGAAACCCACAAGUUAGAGUAUGGAGCUAAAGAAUCCUCAGAACUCAUCAUGUAUUGAUUGGUACAUUUAUUGGGAGUUUUGAUUAUAUUUUAUCCCUUUAGUGUUCAUGCCAUUAACUUUUUUUUUUCAGUGUGAUUUUAGUUCUUAUAGCCCUUGAUAUUUUCCUAAAGAUUUAUAGACAUCAACACCAUGACAUUAUCAAUAUGGCAUGUAUAUUUUGCAUUAUUAAAAAUAAAAUCAGAAUUGUACAGUUUUUUCAACAUGCAAUUCUGUUGUUUUAAUUUUAAAAAGUUGAAAUCAGAAGACUGAAGUUAAUCUUGCCAACUAUAUAUAAAUUACAAAUGCUUAAAAAUUGCUGCAAUUUAAAAGGUUUUUAUAUUCUUUGAUUGUAAAUGAACAUAAUUCAUUGUGAGUUGGAUGGGAUUUUCCUAUCUAUAAUUUCCUUUCCUCUGCCUCUUGUAUAACAUAUGAAGAGAAAUGCUGAUAAAAUCCGCAUAAAAUCAUUUUUAAUCAUCACAAAAUAUAUGGCAUAUAAUUAUUGUCAUAGAAACAUGCUGAAAGACUAUGGUUUGUGCUUUAAUUUGACAUGAUGUCAAUUUGAGUGUUGUUUCAGCUUUACAGUGAUGAGUUUGUCAAGUAAGUGGUGGAGGUAUAGUGGUGCUUCAGCACUUGACCAGUUAUAUAUCUGUUCUUGAAGGCUGAUUGAGUGCUGACCUGUUCAGUUGGUAAGCACUUUUUACCCCAUAAAAAAAAACAAUGUAGAUGUAUUUAAUUCCAACUACCUUGUAUUAUUCAUAGUAUUUUAUACUAUGGCAAAUCUGUUUUUCAGUAAUAACACAAAACAAUAAUACCUUCUCCAUCUCUUCCAUUAUUUGAGACCUUUGCUUUUUAACGAUUUACUACACCAGCUGCAGUAUUUUAAUUCAGUUGUUAUUCUUACUGUUUUCUUCUUUCCUUCACGAAUACAAAAGUAUAUAUAUAUAUCUGACUAUAUGUAAAAAAAAAGCCAUGAGAUCCUCAAUACAGCAUAAGGACAAGUCUUCACUGCUUGAAAUCAGUCCUCAAAGUGAUACUUUCUCCUUUGUUUCAUCCCAAAGCAUCACAGAUAAGCAUGACAUCUCAUGCAGAUUCUAUCACAAAGGUCAUAUACUGAAAAAGUGAUCAAGCACUGAUAGAGAAAUCUCUUGAAAAUAUUGAUCAAGGACCAAUUUGAGUGGUGAGGUACCUCUGUAUUUUGAUUCGCAUUUAUCAUUUUGUGAUAGUAAGAUUAUUUAUGGCAGUGAAAAGAGUUUAUCCAUAAUAUUUGUUAUGAAUCUAUUUUGAUUUGCAAUCAUCAUUUUUGUGAUCCUGAUGUUAUUUGGGCCUAUUCUAGAUAUAUUUUUAUGUAGAAACUAAGGUUCUUAUUUUUUGCUAUUAAUUAUUUAGUAAUUAAAAUGUUUAAAUAUUUAAAGUAUUCAUUCAAAAGUUUUUUUACUUUAUUUACUUAUGUCCAUAUUGCAUUUCUCCAUGUGAUGAGGACCUUUGUAAUAAUAUAUUGGCUAUAUACACCUUCAAAUUUUUCUGUGCAGCAGUGGUGAGUGCAUUGAAGGUUUCCUUCAUAAUUGUUUAGAAACCAGACUAAAUCAAAACUCAUAAAGCACAGGAUAAGCUCAUUUAUUCACAUUCUUGGUCAAAAUUAAAGAGAGUGAAAAAAAUAAGUGCAUGGGUAAAUGUCCCGUAGAUGUCAAAAACAAGGCUGUGGAAAACAAGUUCUCUAGUCUCUUAAGAAUGUGAUUUUAUGUUGUAACAGAGGUAGGACCUUGACAAUUAAGAUUCUGUAGUGCUAUAAAAGCACUAAUAGAAAUUUGAAUGACUAAUCAUAGACUUUUUGGAAAGCUGUUUUGGAUUCUGUUUUACACUUGUAUAAAGACUGUACAUGUACCUGUUGCUGUUGUUACUGGAAGAGAGGAGAGCAUAUAUAUAGCAUAUAUAAUCACCAUUCCAUAAUGUGCUAAUAAAAACUUGUUUCCAAAGA